AUGCUUCAUAAAGUGCUCCCAAUCGCAUUCCUUGCUGGCCAGGCACUUGGCCAUGGCUACUUGACUAAACCGAUGAGUCGAACGGGUCUCAACGCUCAGGCCGGCCCAGACACUUGCCCCGAGUGUGCUAUCCUGGAGCCAGUGACCGCCUGGCCAGAUCUAGAUGCCGCCAAGGUAUCCCGAUCCGGUCCCUGCGGCUAUAACGCCCGUGUAAGUGUCGACUACAACCAGCCCGGCGCCAACUGGGGCAAGUCCACCGUCGCGACAUACAAACCCGGCGAUGUCAUCGACGUCCAGUGGUGCGUCGACCACAACGGCGACCAUGGAGGCAUGUUCUCCUACCGCAUCUGCCAGGACCAGGCCAUCGUCGACAAGUUCCUCGACCCCAACUACCUGCCCACCCUCGAGGAGAAGCAGGCCGCGGAGGACUGCUUCCAGGACGGCGUGCUGCCGUGCACAGACGUCCAGGGCCAGGCGUGUCCGUACAGCGAGGACUGCAGCUCGGGCCAGGCGUGCUGGCGGAACGACUGGUUCACGUGCAAGAAGUUCGAGGGAGGGCGGUGCCAGGGGGUUGACAAUGCGCCUCUCAACUCGUGCUACACGUCCAUCGCGGGCGGGUUCACGGUCAGCUCCAAGAUCAAGAUCCCGAAUUACGUUUCCAACCACACGCUGCUGUCUUUCAAGUGGAACUCCUGGCAGACCCCGCAGGUCUACCUGACGUGUGCAGACAUUGCCAUCAAGGCCUAG